AUCUCUGCAACAGCUGUUUAUCUUAUCGCAGCUGGUUUUGUGUACUUUUUUUCGGCUAUCUAAUGCUCAUCGAAGAAUGACGAUUAACCUAAAUUGAAUGAAAAACCUGAGUGAGCCAGAAGUCGGAGUUACCAUGCAGGAACAUGCAGACCACGAAGCGCUGCCCCAGGUCCCGGUGGUCACCUCGGUGACCUGCUGCUUCGUGCUGGCGGUGCUCUACGUGGGCAGCCUCUACAUUUGGAGCACCAAACACAACCGGGACCAUCCGACGACGAUCAAGAGGAGAUUCGCCAGCGUCUCCAUGGUGAUGCUGGUGGCCCCGCUCUUUGUGUACUUCUUCUCGUCACCGGAGCUCCUUAGGCGAGAGCCCUUUCCCAAGCUGUUGGGAUUCCGCUUGGAGGGACUGUGGCAGGCCGUGGUGAUACCCUACGGACUGACGGUGCUGCUCUUCCUGGGGCCCAUCUUCGUCAACUUGCAGAACGAGUCCAUUCGCUCCUACUUGGAUGUGGACUACUGGAUGGGUUCCUUCAACAGCAUCAUCUGGGUGCGCAACCAUGUGAUGGCUCCGCUCAGCGAGGAGUUUGUGUUCCGGGCCUGCAUGAUGCCCCUGAUCCUGCAGAGCUUUUCGCCGCUGAUCGCCGUUUUCAUAACGCCGCUCUUCUUCGGAGUGGCCCACUUGCAUCACAUUGCCGAGCGCCUGAGCUUGGGCGUGGAGCUGAGCACUGCCUUGUUGAUUGGACUGUUCCAGUUCAUCUACACCACAUUGUUUGGAUUCUAUUCCGCUUUCCUGUUUGCCCGCACUGGUCAUGUGGUGGCUCCCAUUUUGGUGCACGCAUUCUGCAAUCACAUGGGUCUGCCGGAUCUGCAGGAUCUUUGGCAGCAGGACCUGUGGCGACGAGUGGUGGCCAUUGCGCUCUACAUAGCUGGGUUUGCUGGUUGGAUUUUCCUGCUGCCCCUGGCUACUGUUCCCUCGAUCUAUGAAAACACCCUCUACUGGAAUACAUAGUUAAUAUCAUUGGUAGUAGUUGAAUUAUUUUAUCCUUAUCAACAGCUGCCAUAUGAUAGAAUGCAGCCAUGUGUAUGUACAUAAGUAAUUUCUGUGUAUGGACAAUGUUUAGUUAUGAAUUUAAUAUCGGAGAAAGCUGACUGGCACAAUAAACCCGCUUAUGUUUUAUACAAAUUUCAAUGAAA